CACAACGAGGGUCGCCGCCUUGCUCCUCAAGCUUGUCCGCACCGCGGCGCCGCCCCUCGCGCUGCCGGCGCUGCGCGGUCUGCGGGCGCUCGCGCGCGCCUCGCCGGGCCCGUGGGCAUGCGACGCCGUCUGCGCGGCGCAGUUGCUCCUCCACUCAACGGCGAGAGACGAGGUCGCCGUGCAUGCGGUGCUCGCCCUCCGCGGCCUCUGCAGCAGCUGCGCGGCGGCGGCGGCGCGGCUCGUGCGCGGCGGCGUGCUUCUCUCGCUGCUCGCCCUCUUUGGCGCCGCCUCUGCGCCGCUCGAGGCUCGCGAGGCGGCGGCCAGCUCCCUCGGCGCUUUGCUGCGCGGCGGCGGCGGCGGCGGUGGCGCGGCGGCCGAGGAGGCGGCUAGCGUGCUGGAGCACUUGAGCUGCCGGCCGCUCGUCGCCCGCUUCUUCGCGGCAGGAGGCGCCGAUGGCGCGGACGCUGACGCGGCGAGCGGCGGCGGCGGCGGCGGCGGCGGCGCGGCGGCGGCGGUGGCCUUCUACGACGCGACCCACGCGUCCGCGCGGCUCGCGUGGGGCCCGGCGGAGCGUGACGCGAUGGUGGCGGCGCUCGCGGUCGAGCUCUCUCCCCUCGUCUCUUGGAUCGCGAGCUCCGACCAGCCCGCGGCCUUCGAGUGGAGCUCCGCCGGCCUCGACGAGCGGCACCCUCCGGUGGCCGACGCAGGCGGGGGCUUGCGCGUGGGCGGAGUGUACGUGGCGCACUUCAACGCGGCGUCCGGCGCAGGCGUCGGGCCGACGGAGGCUGCGGAUCUACUGAAAGCGUUCGUCGCGGCGCUCUCCGCCGAGGCGGCCUUCCUCGGCCGCUUGCAGGCGGAGGGCGCGCACCGGAGCGCCGAGGCGCAGGGCGCCGCCGCCAACCUGAAGCAGAUGUGGACCUCCGUCGCCCUCGUGCUCGAGGCGCACCCGCCGCUGCACGCGGCGGCCGAGGCGGCGCAGGCGCGCAGGCUCGCGGCCGGCGCCCUCUUGCUCUUGCGCACUCUGGAGCCGCUGCGGGUGCUGGACACGCUCUGCCGCAGCGCGGCCCACGCCGACGCCCUCUCUCCCGAGGAGGUCUUCGCUCCGCUCGCGCUCUGCGCCUCUGCGCCAGCCGCAGCCCCCCCCGCCCUCCUCAGCCUCGGCGGCUGGCUGCGCCGCUCACACCACGCCGUCCGCACCCUCGUCGACGGCGGCGGCUUGCUGGUGCUGGUGCUGGCGUUGCUCGGCGGCGAGGGCGGGGAGGGCGGGGAGGGCGGCGAGGCUUUGCGAGCGGCGGCGGCGGCGGUGACGGUGUCGCUUGUGGCCGAUCCAAUCCACGGAGCGGUCGUCUCGGACAGCUUCUGCGCGAUGCUGACGCAGGGCUUCCGCGCCGCCCUCGAGGGGGCGCCCGACGGCAUCGUCGCGGUCGCCGACGCGGAGCACACCUCGGGGGGCAGGACGUGGAACGCGGGCGCGCGCGACGAGCUGCGCGGCGUGCUCGCGCAGGCGGUGGGCUCGCUGCUCCCCGGC